AAUCCAAGAAGCCCAAUGACGCUCUAGCCCAAGACCUCAUUACAGACUUUCCAGAUUUUGCCACAUUUUUCCCGCUCAAACGUCCUCAUCAGCCAAACUCAUCAACAAAUCUUGGUCACAUCAUGUAGCGUCUAGCUUCACUCACUACUUUGCGCCCACACAAAGAAAAGCUGCAAUUAAUUAAUUCCCAAAAUAUCUCAAAAACAUAUAUUUUUAGUUAUCUUAGUGCCCACGCAAAGAAAAGCUUUUUUUAGUUAUCUUAGUGCCCACGCAAAGAAAAGUUGCAAUUAAUUAAUCUUGAAGCAAGUUCAACCAGAUUCAGCACCAUUAGUUAAUCUUGAAGAUAAGACUUAUGAAGAUGUCAAAGCAGCAGAAUACCAAGAGAAGAUGAAGAAGAGCGAAGAAUUUUGCCCAAACACAAAGGAAAUGAAGAUGGUUCCAUACAAGAUUGUUAAAGCUCCAAAUGGGGAAGCAUGGGUUGAAGUAGAGCAUGAGAAGAUAAUGCAGACUUUCAGAGAAAGGCAAGCCUAGGUUCUUACAUAUCCCCUCUUUUCUUUAGUCUUGCUGUCUAUCAGCCUUGUAGGACUAUUCAGAAGCAUCUUGUCAUCAAAGCCAGUUCGCCUUCGUUCUGAUAUAGAUUAUGAUAUAGAUAUAUAUUUUAUUUUUUAUUAUAGAUUAAUAAAAUGAUCGUGGGUCAGGUAUGUUCUGGGACGGAAGGAUUCGACCAAAAAUAUUCACGACUUUCAGUAUCUUAUCAAUGGCUUCUCUUGCAUUACCGGGCAUGAGCGGUUUCACUGAGCCGAGAUCACUAACUAAUACUAAUGAAAAUGCUAAUAUAAUAGAAAAGAACUGUCUUUUCUGUAUACUUUCCCCGGUUCCGUUGCUACCGCGGGCUUUACGCAAUCGAUCGGAUCAUAUAGAUAUCCGGAUAAUGUUUGAAGUCAACUCAUGUGUUGCUGUGAUGGAGGGCAAGAAUCCCAAGGUUAUCGAGAACUCUGAAGGAGCUCGGACCACACCAUCAGUAGUUGCCAUGAACCAGAAAGAACUUCUUGUUGGUACUCCAGCAAAACGCCAGGCUGUGACGAAGCCAACGAACACAGUUUCUGGAACCAAGCGUCUGAUUGGGAGACACUUUAACGAUGCCCAAACACAAAAGGAAAUGAAGAUGGUUCCAUACAAGAUUGUUAAAGCUCCAAAUGGAGAAGCAUGGGUUGAAGUCAACUCAUGUGUUGCUGUGACGGAGGGCAAGAAUCCCAAGGUUAUUGAGAACUCUGAAGGAGCUCGGACCACACCAUCAGUAGUUGCCAUGAACCCGAAAGGAGAACUUCUUGUUGGUACUCCAACAAAACGUCAGGCUGUGACGAACCCAACGAACACAGUUUCUGGAACCAAGCGUUUGAUUGGGAGACACUUUAACGAUGCCCAAACACAAAAGGAAAUGAAGACGGUUCCAUACAAGAUUGUUAAAGCUCCAAAUGGAGAAGCAUUGAAGUCAACUCAUGUGUUGCUGUGAUGCAGACUGUCAGAGAAAUGCAAGCCAUUCAGAAUCAGAAAAUGGAUAAAAUGCCAGAAUUAGAAAGCUCAGGAACCAUUGGACCAGACCCAAAUGCCUAGAGCUAGAGUAGCCUAUAAUCAGCCUCAAGGUUCUAAUAGAGUUAUACCAUUAGAACGAGGAAUUGGAGAAACUCAAUUAAGACCCAUAUUAUUAUUACCAAGUCACGAUCGACAAUUAUGGACAGACACCAUAGAUCGUUGGAAAAAUCAAGCAUGUCAAGCAUAUUUAAUGAAGCGACAAUUUGGACAAGGUACAGGAGAAGAUUGCUUCAGAAUAAUGGAAGGAUAUUUAGGUCCCUCAGUCAAAAGUUUAUGGGAAACAUAUAAAGUACAUCCAGAUACUAGGCCGAAAUAUCAAAAUUUAAUGGGAAUGGGUGCAGACCCACUCAAUUUUGUAAAUGCAGUUUCAGAAAUGUUAACAAGUGCAGACCCAAAUAUAGGACAAACCAAGAUAUAAGAAAAUGCUAUGAGACAGAUAUGAGACAGUUAUGAGACAGUUCAGGGAUUUUAAGAAUUUCAAUAUUGAUGCUGAUUUUGUCAUAGGAAUUAGAUUUAAAAUUGAAGACCAUGCAGCCACAUUAUUUAAAAUUGCUAACAGAUGCAGGGUUUUAUACCAAGA